AUGGGUAACACCUACGACUUAGUGCAACAGCUUCUCAAGGACCACCCUUCUAAGGCGGCCGAGCUCCUGAUGAUCUAUCUUCAAGACGAAGUAAUAUGCGCAGCGACCGAGCGUUAUAUAGGGCAGCACCCACCGCAACGAAUUUCCAACGCGCCAUCUGGACAGCAGUACGAAUCCCCAACGUUACGCGGACAUCAUCGCAACUCCUCUCUACAACAAGCGUCGGUACGACACGAUGCUCAAAGUGCCAGACAUAGCAUGCAAACCCCUCCCACCAGCGCGGGCUCGGUCAAGUCGCACACUUCCGGUCUCGCGGCCGCCGGCAUGGAAAAGAUAUCUUUCCUCUCGUGCGACGAUGAUGGCGCGGAUCAACCAGUCAUAGCAAGACGUGCGCCAGGGAGGUACAACCUGAUUGGCGAUGGAGUGGCGUACGGACGCGGCCUUAGUACCGGGCAAUUCGAGGUGGACGAGUCAAUACUAGUGCACACAUCUUCUGGAGCGGCGAAGUGGGUGGCUGUCAAGGCCGCCGUGAACCUGACAUGGCGCCGUCGCAAUGAAUUCAAGACAAAUAUGGACACGUUCUACGUCGUGUCAGCAAGGCUGCUCGAUAGCGAUGUCGUUCUGGGAUCUGAGGAGUCCAUGGAGCGCCAAUUCCCCUCAGACGUUCAAGAAGCGCAUUCUCCGCAAGAUCGCUACCCAUCGGGCUUUGUCCGCGAAUUUGAUCAAGCAGUUCCGCCGCCAGCGCCGACUGCGCCGAUGCAUCCAUACCAACCCUCGUAUCAGUCACCGCCUCCCGACGUGCAACGAGCAUUCGGGCGCGUGGGUGCAAUGCAAGAUGUACAACGCGUGCGACAGUCAGGGCCACCCACCCAAGCUGCACCAUCAGCGCCCGCGAACUACAGUCAGCAGAGGGAUGCCUCCAUGCCCAUUGCAAGUCAAGACGAUCCGAGCGACGAGCUCGAAAUUGAAGGUUACUGGGGCAGAAUGCCGAUCAGCAUGUCAGUCGAUAUCAGCGGUUCGGGAGAGCAGUUCUUCCAAGCCUUUCAAUGUAUGGCCAUAGACCGGAAGCGCGGUGAUAACUUGGACAGGCAGAGACUGGCAAUAUUGUUGAGAGCGGACGAGGAAGGCCCCGAGGAAGAAGCCUACCGCGUUAGUCUUGAUCAAGGUGCACUGGAGAAGCGCUGGAAGCUGGUCGUGAGAUGGAUUCGAAAGAACAAGAACUCGGAAGAACCGCAUCUGUAUGCGACGGUCGAGAUUGCGGACGGGUGA